AUGGCAACUUCGCGCUCACGAGGAGGACACGAUUAUACGGUUUGGGAGACAGAUCCGACAGGGCAAUACUCAAGGGACUACACUCAGAAUCAUCAGGUUGAAGAAAAUAGUCCUGCAAUCAAGAAAUGGUGUCGACAGAUUCUGACAUGGCUCGAUUUUCUUCACAGUCAAAAUGAACCGAUUAUUCACAAUGAUCUCAAGUGCGAAAACAUCUUUGUUGUUGGUAAAUCAGGCACGAUUAAGCUAGGAGAUUUGAGUGCCGCGAAGACUCUUGUACUGACUAGUCCAGAGAAUCAUGAUGCUGGUAGGAUAGCGCGAUCUGAGGUAUACUGUCUUGGGUUGUGCGUACUACAGACGUUGACAGACGAAAGAUUGCGUACAAUGGAUUUUAGCCUGUUAAACAGAAUACAGGACAGACAGCUUAGGAACUUCAUUCAGAAGUGUGUGUAUCCUGCAGAUAUCAGGCCUACAAUAACUCAACUCCUGAAUGACCCGUUUCUGUUACCAACGAUUGCGCCUUCUAGCUAUACACAAGUACCUCCAAUGCCAGCUACUAGCCCCGCGAGAGCUCAGCCUGUAUUACAACCGCGAUCUGCAACAGACUUCGUUACAGAACACAGGAGAUUCACAUUACAGGGAGAGAGGAUAGACAGAGAACUGAUAGCAGUGACCUUGAGGACUACUGAAGUUAAGAAUACUGAUUUUGUAUUUUCACUCAGCACUGAUACAGUUUCUUCUAUGAUGGAUAUAAUCACAGCAGAAGUUAAUACUAAUGCAGACGUCGAGUUGAUGGCUCAUACUCUGGAACGACUGAGAUUUUUCAUACCCAACAUAGGACUAGGAGAACAAAAACGCGAGGCUGAUGGUAAUGUAAUCAACAGCAGUAACGCAGCUGCUGAAAACUCUGAGGGAGAUAUCGACAACAGUAACACAGCUGCUGCAAACUCUGAGGGUGAUAUUGACGACAGUAACAUAGAUGCUGCAAACUCUGAGGGUGAUAUCAACAACAGUAACGCAGCUGCUGCAAACUCUGAGGGUGAUAUCGACGAUAGUAAUGCAGCUGCUGCGAACUCUGAGGGUAAUAUCAACGACAGUAACAUAGCUCUUUCUUUUGAAGAAGCAUGA